GACUUCCUGGGUACGGGCUUGUGCAGAGCCCGGUGGGGAGGCUGGACUUUGCAGUGGAAGCAGCAUCCCUGCCGCCUGGGACUUGGCGGAGGGCGUCCUCACUCAGGGGUGGGCAGAGGACCCGCCCUGACCUAGCCUGGCCCGGUCUAGUCCUGCCGGGCCUGACCGCCCCACCCAGGAGCCUGCUCUGAGGCAGGGGCCACUGGGGUCCCAGAGCGCAGCCGCCAUGGACAAGAUCCUGGAGGCGGUGGUGACGUCGUCGUACCCGGCGAGCGUGAAGCAGGGGCUGGUGCGGCGCGUGCUGGAGGCGGCGCGGCAGCCGCUGGAGCGGGAGCAGUGCCUGGCGCUGCUGGCGCUGGGCACGCGCCUCUAUGUGGGCGGCGCCGACGAGGCGCGGCACCCGCGCUGUGUCCCCGACGGCCCGCACCGCCUGCUCUUCUGCCAGCAGCUGGUGCGCUGCCUCGGCCGCUUCCGCUGCCCGGCGGAGGGCGAGGAGGGCGCCGUGGAGUUCCUGGAGCAGGCCCAGCAGGUGAGCGGGCUCCUGGCGCAGCUGUGGCGCGCGCAGCCCGCCGCCAUCUUGCCCUGCCUCAAGGAGCUGUUCGCGGUCAUCUCCUGCACAGAGGAAGAGCCGCCGUCAAGCGCCCUGGCCAGCGUGGUCCAACACCUCCCAUUGGAGCUCAUGGAUGGCGUCGUCCGGAACCUCAGUAAUGAUGACAGUGUGAUGGACUCCCAGAUGCUGACUGCCAUCAGCAGGAUGAUCGACUGGGUAUCCUGGCCCCUGGGGAAGAACAUUGACAAGUGGAUCAUUGCACUGCUGAAGGGCCUGGCCGCUGUUAAGAAGUUCAGCAUCUUGAUCGAGGUUUCACUCGCCAAAAUUGAGAAGGUUUUCUCCAAGCUUCUGUACCCCAUUGUCCGGGGAGCCGCCCUGUCUGUCCUCAAGUACAUGCUGCUGACCUUCCAGCACUCCCAUGAGGCCUUCCACCUGCUCCUCCCUCACAUCCCCCCCAUGGUGGCCUCUCUGGUCAAGGAGGACUCCAACUCAGGGACCAGCUGCCUGGAGCAGCUGGCGGAGCUGGUCCACUGCAUGGUCUUCAGGUUCCCGGGCUUCCCGGACCUGUACGAGCCCGUCAUGGAGGCCAUCAAGGACCUCCAUGUUCCCAACGAGGACCGUAUCAAGCAGCUGCUGGGGCAGGAUGCCUGGACUUCUCAGAAGAGCGAGCUGGCUGGCUUCUACCCCCGGCUCAUGGCCAAGUCAGACACGGGCAAGAUUGGCUUAAUCAAUCUGGGCAACACGUGCUACGUGAACAGCAUCCUUCAGGCCUUAUUCAUGGCUUCCGACUUCAGACACUGUGUGCUCCGUUUGACUGAGAACAACUCACAGCCCUUGAUGACCAAGCUGCAGUGGCUCUUUGCCUUCCUGGAGCAUAGCCAGCGGCCUGCCAUUUCUCCUGAGAACUUCCUCUCUGCAUCCUGGACACCCUGGUUCAGCCCCGGCACGCAACAGGACUGCUCAGAGUACCUGAAAUACCUGCUGGAUCGGCUGCAUGAAGAGGAGAAAACGGGGACAAGGAUCUACCAGAAGCUCAUGCAGUCCAGCUCACCCUCCCCGCCCGAGGAGCCUCCUAGCCCAAGUUCAACCUCUGUGGAGAAGAUGUUUGGAGGCAAGAUCGUGACUCGGAUAUGCUGUCUCCGCUGCCUCAAUGUCUCCUCCAGGGAGGAGGCCUUCACGGACCUCUCUCUUGCCUUCCCACCCCCUGAGCGCUGUCGCCGCCGCCGCCUGGGCUCAGUGAUGUUCCCUGCAGAGGACUUCGGAGCCCGGGACCCCCCACUGCCAUCCCGAGCCCAGGUUCCAAGCAGGGCGGGUCCUCCGAGGCAGAGGAAACACUGCAUCACAGGGGACGCCCCCCCCACCGUCCUGGACAUUGAAGGCCUGGGCCCCCAGGGACCCCAGGGGCAGAGCAGUCAGGAGAAGAGAGCAGGGAAGGAGGAGAGAGCAGGGAAGGAGGAGAGAGCAGAGGAGGAGAGAGUAGAGGAGGAGGAGAAGAGAGCAGAGGAGAAGGAGGAGAGACCGGAGGAGGAGAAGGAGAAAGAGAAAGAGCAAGAGGUGGAGAAGGAGGCCGAGAAGGUGGAGGGGGAGGCCGAGAAGGUGGAGAAGGAAGAGGACAGCCUGGGACCAGGGACCCACAGGGCUGCUGCCGCAUCCCCUGGGGAGGGCUCCCGCUCCGUCCUGGACCUGGUCAACUACUUCCUGUCCCCUGAGAGGCUGACAGCAGAGAACCGCUACUACUGUGAGUCGUGUGCCUCACUGCAGGACGCCGAAAAGGUGGUGGAGCUGGGCCAGGGGCCGCGCUACCUCAUCCUGACUCUGCUGCGCUUCUCCUUCGACCUGCGUACCAUGCGGCGCCGCAAGAUCCUGGACGACGUCUCCAUACCCCUGCUGCUCCGCCUGCCACUGGCGGGGGGCCGCGGUCAGGCCUACGACCUCUGCAGCGUCGUGGUGCACUCCGGAGUGUCCUCGGAGAGCGGUCACUACUACUGCUAUGCCCGUGAGGGCGCUGCCCGCCCAGUCCCUUCUCUGGGCACUGCCGAUAGGCCCGAGCCCGAGAACCAGUGGUAUCUGUUCAACGACACUCGGGUGUCCUUCUCCUCCUUCGAGUCUGUCAGCAACGUCACUUCCUUCUUCCCCAAGGACACGGCUUACGUGCUCUUUUACCGGCAGCGGCCCGGGGAGGGGCCUGAGGCUGUGCCAGGCUCUCCCAGAGUCCGGACAGAGCCCACCCUCCACAAAGACUUGAUGGAAGCCAUUUCCAAAGACAACAUCCUUUACCUGCAGGAGCAGGAGAAGGAGGCACGGAGCAGGGCAGCCUACAUCUCUGCACUCCCCUCAUCUCCGCGCUGGGGGAGGGGCUUUGAUGAAGACAAGGAUGAGGACGAAGGCUCUCCGGGGGGCUGCAACCCUGCAGGUGGCAAUGGUGGUGACUUCCACAGACUGGUCUUCUAAUGUGAAUCCUCCCUCAGCCUGCUCCUACCUGUGUGGGCACCACAGCAACCUCAGGGGAGGCCUUGACCCCUUCCUUCUGGGAGCAGGGUGGGGGCCCAGGUCCUAGGCAGAGGUGCUCUGCCAGGUGGGGUUUGAGGGAGGUUGUGGAGGCCAGUCCAGUCCUGAAGGCAGGCCCUUUCAAGGUCAAGAAAGAUGGAGAGGGAGCUUCUGGGAUGCCGCUCCUCAGCCUGAAGGGUACACGGAGAUUCAGAUAUAGAGGUGAGACCCAAGCCCCUUAAACUGGGCCUCUGGCCCUGACACUGGGAUGAGCCCCAUUAAGAUUUUACACCCAAGUGUCCUGGUCAACUUGAAGCAGCUUAGAUGGACCACUCUGGGACUUGUCUCCCUCCAUCCUCCCAGCAGGCUCCCUAACAGAGCUGAACGUCACAGCUCUAGUGUUUUGCCAUCAAGUAGCAUUUCCCUUCUGGCUCCUUGCAGACAAUCCUGUUGCUCUGUACUGUAAAAAGAGCAGGCUCCAAGUCCUUGCACAAAGGAGGAGGCAGUGUGUCACACCUCUGGCUGCCUUCUUGUUUCUCUGAGGGGGUUUCAGAGGCGACGUAUGUGGGUGCCUGCAACGUUUGUAGUUUUUUUGAGAGGAUUGUAGGUGGGAAGCAGCCUGGCACAGGAUCAGAGACUGU